AUGUCUUCACAUCUGCACGUUAAAUAUGACUCUGAUAGUGAUGACAGCAUUGGACCCGUUGAGCCUCCCCAAUGGCCGCUUGGUCUGUCGCCGCCACGGUUUGGCAGUUUGCCCAUACUGUUGCGUCGACUUCAGCUUCAUGGAGGAGCUGUCGGAAGACCCAGACGAACGGCUGGGGUGCGAGACGAGCGAAAUAUGUGA